UUCCCUGGCGCAGCGACAGAUUGAGAGGUGGGAGGAGCCUGCCGCAGUGAGUUCACCUCAGGACAAGACUGAAGGACAAAACAAGCAGGAAGGAGACGAAAGGUAACGCCAGCAACAGGCGCACUGCGAGGGAAAUAAAGACUUAGCAUAUCGCCUGCCUGAAAAAGAAUGUCGUUGUCGGCUGUCGGGCGGGUGCUUGCCGCCGCGUCGCAUUCGAGCCACGAGGGAGGAGCGAGGACCUGGAAGAUCCUGACCUUCGUCCUGGCCUUGCCCGGUGUGGCCGUGUGCAUUGCCAACGGCUACAUGAAGAUGCAGGCGCACUCGCACGAGCAGCCGGAAUUUGUGCCCUACGAACACCUCCGCAUCCGCACCAAGGCCAAGAUUUAUGGGACGACUCAGACAUCACUCACCGCUGUCUCCCGACAGAAAUUCCCAUGGGGCGAUGGCAACCACUCACUGUUCCACAAUGCCCACGCCAACGCUCUGCCCGACGGCUACGAGAGCUCCCACCACUGAAGGGCUGUCCUUCUACACGGUGAUGAUGUCUUGCACUGAAAUAAAGAUCACCAUUGUGCUUGCA